UAUUGUCAGGCAUAUUUUGGACAGCUAUAUUCAGUAGACAGAAACACGUGGAGUUCUUUUCCUCCCUAGGUCUUGUUCUACAACGUGAUAACCAUGCCAAAGUCAAAGAGGGACAAGAAAAUUUCACUAACAAAAACAGCCAAGAAGGGUCUGGAAACAAAACAGAACUUAAUAGAAGAGUUGCGGAAAUGUGUGGAUAUGUACAAGCACCUGUUCAUCUUCUCUGUGGCAAACAUGAGGAACAACAAAUUGAAAGACAUCAGGACAGCCUGGAAACACAGUCGAUUCUUUUUUGGAAAAAACAAAGUGAUGAUGAUCGCUAUAGGUAAAGGAUCAACAAGCGAGUACAAAGACAAUUUGCACAAGGUCAGCAGGUUUCUGAGAGGAGAAGUGGGUGUGUUAUUCACAAAUAAAACCAAAGAAGAGGUACAAGAGUAUUUCAGCCAGUUCAAAGAGAUGGAUUUUGCACGAGCAGGAAACAAGGCAGGAAUGACCUUAACACUUGAUGAAGGACCCCUGGAACAGUUCCCUCACUCCAUGGAGCCACAGCUGAGACAGUUGGGACUACCCACAGCACUCAAGAAAGGAGUGGUGACGCUACUGAAAGACCAUGAAGUGUGCAAAGAGGGAGACACACUAACCCCUGAACAGGCCCGUAUUCUGAAACUCUUUGGGAUUGAGAUGGCUGAAUUCAGAGUGCAGAUCCAGUGCAUGUGGAACUCUGAAACGAGCGACUUUGAGAAGCUAGCUGAGGAAGAGGCCAUGCAGGAGAACGAUGAGGAAGAAGGGAAUGAAUCUGGAUAGAGCAAUGGACUUCUCAGACUUGUUUUUAAUACUGUGCCUUUUUUUGUAGGUCAAAACAAACUACUUUAAAGUGUUUCCUAAUUGCAAUGUUACCCAUGGAAUUGUGUAUAUACAUUUUUGUGCUUUAUAAAAAAAAAAAUGGUCCACUCAAAUACAACAGUACAAACUUACAGUAUGCUGGGUUGUGUCCUAUAAAACAUCCCACAAAAGAAAGUUGGAAUUGUUAAUGCGAAGUAUAUCUUUAAGCUAGGCUGUAAAAUCGCAACGCCGUGGCAGAUAUCAGUAAGGGAAAAAAAAUACCGUCCCAAUUGCUCCACAGUUUAUUAAAGUCAAGACAGCCACCAGAAAAAGUUUCCUGAACACAACUACCCUCAAUUAAUUGAAUUUACAUUAAGUGAUAUAAUAGGACCAAAAUCAUAAUCUGCACUUUUUUUGUAAUUUCACUAAAGCAUCAAUGUGAUAACCAAACGGACUUAUUUAUAAAAACCUACAUCUCACUGUACAUGUUAAUUAGCUAACUGUAUACGGCACAUUUGGUAAAAAGGCAACAGUCAGUGGAUAUAGUCAAUCAGAUGUGGGCUCUAGACUAGCCAGGGUUGUUGAGGAGCCAUCUAGCGGAAGUAAUUGGGGCACUCGUGGGCCACCAGGUCCCAGGCAUGUUUGAAUGCCUCCACCACACGCUCAUCCAGAGGCCCAUCCUCAGAGGCAGAAAGGUUUUGAUCUAGCUGCUCCAUACUGGACAUCCCAAUGAUUACACCAUCUCCCAAAUCACCCUGGAACAGUGGAGACAAAGUCCAGGUAUAAGAGGACCCACCAAUUAACACUACAUACACCACUUUUUCAUUCAACUUAUGACAAUUGUUUAAAUAGUACUGCUGUCAUUGAGUGAAAUGUUCCUUUUCACAUUGUAAAGAAGAAGAAAAAGAUUUGUAAUCAUUGACUUAUUACAGGCAGCCCUAUUCUGGCAAAAGAGCUGAUCUGAUUAGUGGAAUUAGUAGUCAAUUACUGGAAAAGGGUCUGAAUAGCUGAUAGUGAGUUGUCCCUGUUAAUUAUUGAAUGUGGUCAGUUACCUUGAGGUGGGAGUGGUGGUACAUCCAGCGUAGAGCAGCAGAUGUCAUGGAGGGUUUGUUUGAGCCAUACGCUGUCUCCAUGGCCUUCUGAACAAGGUCUAUCGCCUGGAAGUGGCUCUCCUUCCAGUACCUGACACACAACACAAAUCAUCUAAAUGUAAUGUUUAAUUGUAUCUAGUGUAAAGCUAAUCUGGACAAAUCAUGUUUUUAAUGUAACUACUGUGACCAUACUAGUUUAUUAAUACCAUUUUAUUCUGUUCUCACCUGUCUCUGUAAGCACCAGCCCAGUUGUUACCAAAGAAACGUCCUGAAGGCUGAGAACCUUCUUUGUCCUGAUAAUGGUACUUCCCUGUGAGAAGGCCCCCUGGUUGCAUAGAAGAACAGAGUGAAUGUUAAACCAUGUUCUCACACUAGACAUUGAGAUGUUUUAUGAUCCUCAAAAUCUUGUCAUUUUAGAGGCGUUAUAAACUCAGCAAAAAAAGAAACGUC